AUGGAAUCACUGGAACAGUGUCUAGCAUUCCUGGAUUUGGACAGCCCUUUGCCAACUGUACUGAUAGCAGACGCGGCUGCCAACCCACUGGAUCUUUGUCGUAUACAUCUCGCAGAAAUUCUAUCUGGUGCACUUGGAUGCGAUAUCGACGAUGCCUACAAGUCAAUCCAAUGGCCAAACGAUAUCUUCAAAGGAGAUUUGGCGAUAGUGCUCCCGAAACUCCGUCCAGGUGCAAAAGCUGAGGAAACAACCUUUGAGCUUUUAGAAAAGUUUCCAAAAGAGGAUCCACUCUUUCUUCUGCCUUUUGCCGACGGUGUGCAUUUCCGCAUCCAAUUGAAGCCAAACGCUGUACCGCGUCUUUUGAUACCCUACAUUUCAACCCUUGGAUGCAAUUACGGCAGCGUCUCUACCCACACAACGAGCAAUGCGCGCCAGAAGCUCGUACUCGAAUUUUCGUCGCCGAAUAUUACAAGUGAGUUCCAGGGAAAGCACCUGCGCAGUACGAUUAUCGGCGCCUUCAUCGGCCGUCUAUAUGAGUCAAUGGGUUGGGAUGUGACACGCAUCAAUUACCUCGGUGACUGGGGUAAGCCGAUCGCUUUACUCUACGUUGGAUGGACAAAGUACGGUUCCGAGGACGCAUAUGAAGCCGACCCUGUUGGACACCUCCUGGAAGUCUACCACAAGAUUGAAGAAGACUUUAAGCCCGAGCAAGCCGCAAGCAGGCAGGCCCGCGAUGAGGUAGCCAAAGAAGGUGAAGACAAAGGCGAGGCGCAAGUUGAGAUUGAAAGCAAGGGCAUCUUUGCCGAGCGCAAUGAAGCCUUUAAGAAGCUCGAGGAGGGCGAUGAAGCACUCGUGGCGUUCUGGACACGGGUACGGAAUGUCAACAUUGAUGAUUACACGAGGUUCUAUGAGCGGCUUGGCAUCCGUUUCGAUGAGUACAGUGGCGAGUCACAGAUUGGCCAAGAAACCAUGAUUGAGGUCGAACAGAUGUUGAAGGAGAGGAAUAUUUCAGAAGAAAGUGGAGGAGCGUGGAUCGUUCACAUGCAGAACCUCGGGGCAAAGGCUGGGACUGCCAUUAUCCGCGACCGCACUGGAAGCAGCACGUAUCUUCUCCGCGAUCUUGCCGCUGUCUUGGAAAGGUCAAGGAAGUACUCUUUUGGUAAGAUGAUUUAUGUUGUGGCCAACGAUAACAGCAUGCAUUUUACCCAGCUUAUUAAGGUGUUGGAGGCCCUGGACAUGAAGGAUCUUGCAGGCAAGCUCCAUCAUGUAAAAUUCAGUGAAACUUCGAGGAUGGCGGGCGCACUCGGCAGAGGCUACAAGCCUCAGCGUAUUCUGGAUGCGUGUGAGGAAGCGAUGAAAGGCUUGUCUGGGGCCGACGCAGACAAACUCGGUUUAAUAGGUGGACUGGAAGGGGCCAAAGAGGGCCUUGCAACGUCUGCGCUUCUGAUCCAAGAACUCUCUACCCGCCUGGUCACUGCUCAUGCCUUUGACACUGGCGCAAUGGGCACUUUCAAACUCGGAUCAGGGCCAGACCUGCAGUACUGGCUGACCAAGCUCCGUCUUCUCCUCAAAGACUAUAUUGCAGCCGAACCAUCGGACGACGAAUACGAAACUUUGGCUGACGAGGACCGAGCAAACCUUUUGCGUGUCCUAGCCCAGUACCCGGAGGUUGUAAAGGCGACCUAUAGCUCACUCGAGCCGGCUGGUAUCGUCACGUAUCUCACCAGUGUGACUGAGCAGCUGGCUGGGUGCCUUGCAGAGGAUGCCGAGAGAGAAGAUGCGGGCAUCGCCCCAGGACUUGCUGCACUUUACAAAGCUACUGCUAUUGUACUGGAGAAUGGCAUGAAGCUUUUGGGACUAGCACUGAUAGCCGAUUUGACUCCAGAGAGGGCAGAUACCCCGGUGAUGGGGUAG